GACGGCGACGGCGUCGGAACUCGCUGGAAGACUCGGCCCGGGGUUGCUCAACAGUUCGCAAAGUCCGGGCUCGCGGCGGCGCGGCUCCGUCUGCGCCCGGGCGGCGCGGGGGCGCGGGGACCCCGGGCUGCUGCAUCCCGGGGCUGCCCCGGACAUGCCCCGCACCCCCUACCGGACGCCCGCGUGGCUCCAUCCGCUGCGACUCCGGGGGCUCCGGCACUAGAUCGACCCCCGCCCCAACUUCUGACUUUGGGGUCCCCCAGCCUUAGAAGAACAGGCGGCCCGGCUGGGGGAACCCCGGGAAUGGUGUGACGGGGCGGUCAGCUUUGCUGCGCCCCCCAGUCCAGCCACCAGCCGUCUCUGAGCCCUCCAGAAUGUAGCUGUGCUCUCCGCGCCCCCCGGCCUCCAGCCGCAGUCUCCGCGACCUCCCGGCUCCAGUCGCCAACUCUUUGUCCCCCAGGAUCCCGCCGUUGUCUCCGCGUCCGCAGAUUCCAGCCGCCGUCUCUUCGUCCUCCGGAUUCCAGUUUCGCGACCCCCUCCGUUUUCGCACCUCCGGGACUCUAGCAGCGUCUCCGCGACCCCCCAGGAUCCAGCCACUGUACCCGCACCCCUCCAAACCCACAGUCCAGCCGUCGUCUCCACGCUCCUGCAAACCCAGACUCCAGCCGCUGUGUCCGAGUCUCCCUGGAUUUGGCUCUGUCUCCACGUCCCCGAAACCCAGACUCCAGCCGUGAUCUCCGCGCUCCCCGGAAUCCAGCUGUCGCGCCAGUGCCCGCAAGUCAGCAGCACCCCACCGCGCACCUCAAGUCUGGCCGGGCCUCGGCGGGGAGAUGAACGCGCAGCUGGACGGCCUGUCGGUGAGCUCGUCCUCCACCGGCUCGCUGGGCUCGGCGGCCGGGGCGGGCGGCGGCGGGGGCGCGGGGCUGCGGCUGCUGUCUGCCAACGUGCGCCAGCUGCACCAGGCGCUGACGGCGCUGCUGAGCGAGGCGGAGCGGGAGCAGUUCACGCACUGCCUGAACGCAUACCACGCGCGCCGCAACGUCUUCGACCUGGUGCGCACCCUACGCGUCCUGUUGGACAGCCCGGUCAAGCGGCGCCUGCUGCCCAUGCUGCGUCUGGUCAUCCCGCGCUCAGACCAGCUGCUCUUCGACCAGUACACAGCCGAGGGUCUCUACCUGCCUGCCACCACCCCCUACAGGCAGCCUGCGUGGGGCGGCCCCGACGGCGCAGGGCCCGGGGAGGUGCGCCUGGUCAGCCUGCGGCGCGCUAAGGCCCACGAAGGCUUGGGCUUCAGUAUACGAGGGGGCUCCGAACACGGUGUGGGUAUCUACGUUUCGCUGGUGGAGCCGGGCUCCCUGGCUGAGAAAGAAGGGCUGCGGGUCGGGGACCAGAUUCUGCGUGUCAACGAUAAAUCCCUAGCCCGGGUGACCCAUGCGGAGGCAGUCAAGGCUCUGAAGGGCUCCAAGAAGCUGGUGCUGUCUGUGUACUCAGCAGGGCGCAUCCCCGGGGGCUAUGUCACCAACCACAUCUACACCUGGGUGGACCCGCAGGGCCGCAGCAUCUCCCCACCCUCGGGCCCGCCCAACCCCCAUGGCGGCAGCGCCUUGAGACAGCGUGAGGGUGACCAGAGGAGCGGCCUCCGGCUCCUGCAAGGCGGGGACGAGAAAAAGGUGAACCUAGUACUGGGGGAAGGCCGGUCCCUGGGCCUCACCAUCCGUGGGGGCGCUGAGUACGGCCUCGGCAUUUACAUCACUGGUGUGGACCCCGGCUCGGAAGCAGAAAGCAGCGGGCUCAAGGUUGGGGACCAGAUUCUGGAGGUGAACGGGCGGAGCUUCCUCACCAUCCUGCACGACGAGGCGGUCAAGCUGCUCAAGUCAUCUCGGCACCUCAUCUUGACCGUGAGGGACGUCGGGAGGCUGCCACACGCCCGCACCACGGUGGACGAGACCAAGUGGAUCGCCAGUUCCCGGAUUGGGGACAGCACCACCAGCUCGGCAGGGUUCCCUGGGGAUCUCACAACAGAAGGGACAAACAAGCCAGGAUUUUAUAAGGGCCCAGCGGGCUCCCAGGUGACCCUGAGCAGCCUGGGGAACCAGACCCGCGCACUGCUGGAGGAACAGGCCCGGCACCUGCUGACGGAGCAGGAGCGCGCCACCAUGACCUACUACCUGGACGAGUACCGCCGCGGCAGUGUCUCCGUGGAGGCCCUGGUCAUGGCCCUGUUCGAGCUGCUCAACACCCACGCCAAGUUUGCUGUCCUCUCUGAGGUGAGAGGCACCAUCUCCCCACAAGACCUGGAGCGCUUCGACCACCUGGUGCUGAGGCGGGAGAUUGAGUCCAUGAAGGCACGCCAGCCCCCUGGCCCUGGGGCCGGGGACACCUACUCCAUGGUCUCCUACAGCGACACGGGCUCCUCCACAGGCAGCCAUGGCACCUCCACCACCGUCAGCUCGGCCAGGGAGCGGCUGCUGUGGCUUAUAGACCUGAUGGAGAACACUCUCGACCUGGAGGAGACGGGCCAGGCAGUCCAGGGCAGCGUCAACACCCUCCCAGACGUGUCCGUGGACGACGUCAAGUCCAACUCCGAGGGGCUGCCUAACGCCAAGCUGCCGCCUCCCCCACCGCUUCUGGGCCCAGGCCAAGACCGCCCGCUCGGCCAGCCAAGGAGGCCAGGGAGGGAGGACCCCCAGCCUCCUUCCUCCGCGAACCCCCACUCAGGCAUCGUCUUCUCGGCACCCCAGGCCUGCAGCCCGCCGCUGGGCGCUGCACCCACCCCAGGGCCUCCCUCCACCCAGGACUCGCCCUCCUCGCCCAUCUACGCCUCCGUCUCCCCCACCAAGCCCGGCUCCAAGAGGCCGCUGGACGCCCACCUGGCCCUGGUCAACCAGCAGCCCAUCGGCCCCUUUCCUCGGGUCCAGUCACCCCCACAGCUGAAGAGCCCCUCUGCAGAGGCCCCAGCAGCGGGGGGCGGCCUCCCGCCAGCCUCACCCUCGGACCACGCAGACCAGACGAGCGCGAACCAGCACUUCGUCAUGGUGGAGGUGCACCGACCGGACAGCGAGCCCGACGUGAACGAAGUGCGGGCCCUGCCCCAGACGCGCACGGCCUCCACGCUCUCCCAGCUCUCGGACAGUGGGCAGACUCUCAGCGAGGACAGCGGUGUGGAUGCCGGUGAGGUGGAGGCCAGUGCCCCAGGCAGAGGCAGGCAGACCCCCUCCACCAAGAACAAGAGCAGCAAGGAGCCACCUGGGACCCAGAGAGCCACCGGGGGGGCCAACAAACCGCCUGGACUCCUGGAGCCUACGUCCACCCUGGUCCGCGUGAAGAAAAGCGCAGCCACGCUGGGCAUCGCCAUCGAGGGUGGCGCCAAUACGCGCCAGCCCCUGCCUAGGAUUGUCACCAUUCAGCGAGGCGGGUCGGCCCACAACUGUGGACAGCUCAAGGUGGGCCACGUGAUCCUGGAAGUGAACGGGCUGACCCUGCGGGGCAAGGAGCAUCGGGAAGCUGCCCGCAUCAUCGCCGAGGCCUUCAAGACCAAGGACCGUGACUACGUCGACUUCCUGGUCACUGAAUUCAAUGUGAUGCUCUAGGGGCCGAGGCCUACGGGCCCCCCACCACUGCCCAGCCCCUGGUCCCAGUCCCUCCCCUGUCCUCGCACUCUCAGGCUCCUCGAGGGGUUGGAGCUGCCCGGCCAGGGUAGCAGGAAGGCACCCCGACUCCAUCCCGGCCCACUGCACAGAACUGGGAGAAGAGAACCAGGCAAGGCCAACAGAUGGUCAGGUCAGAUCUGUGUGCCGGGGACACAGUAGGCGCUCAAGGCUGGAGGGCUCUGGGAAGGGAAGACGGAAAGAGGAAGGGCAGAGCCUGCUUCCAUGGGCUGGUGGGUUGCAUUCCUGCCCCCAGCCAGCCAGCACCCACCCCCCCAGGUGCCUGAGCCUUUGGAGUGAGGACACAUGAGACUCAUGGACACGGUGUCCUGCCGGGGCAUCUUGCAGGACCUUCAGUGCCACAAACAAGCAUCAAGCUCGCCCCCACUCAACCCCUUCCUCCUGCCUCCUACCCCACAGUAUUUAUUAUUUAUUUCCCUCCCCACACUCGGGGGACCCCACGGCCCCAGCUCCCCCCCCAGCCUGUCCCGGAGGCCUUGCAGAUGACCAGCAGUGUCAGUGUAUUUAUAUACAGAGCUUAUGACUUUAAUUUUUCAAUAAAGAAAUCUGAACAAGGUUA